UAACUAAGUGUAAUGCCAUAGAGAUAUCGAACAUGAAAUAUGUACAUAGUUAGUACUUUAGCGCACCAGACGUCAACGGUAUUGUGGAAACGCGCUUCGCGUAAAAAGUCUAGUUGACAUAACCUUGGAACUAUAGCACUGUACAUAAUUACUGCAGUGUAUAACACUAUAGUGUUGAAAGUACAGCAAUCGUAAAUUCGACGAGCCUCCUACAUCAAGUAGCAAGUUCUAACUCAUGCCACCAUAAUGCCCAGGGAAAUAAUUACGAUCCAGGCGGGCCAAUGCGGCAACAGCAUUGGUAGCCAGUUCUGGCAGCAACUUUGCCAGGAGCACGGUAUCAACCAAGAUGGUAACCUCGAAGACUUUGCGACGGAGGGCGGUGAUCGCAAGGAUGUCUUUUACUACCAGAGUGACGACACCAGAUAUAUCCCCCGAGCUAUCUUGAUAGAUCUCGAACCUCGUGUCAUCAACAGCAUACAAACCGGUCCUUAUAAAAACAUUUACAACCCGGAGAAUUUCUACGUAGGCAAGAGCGGUGUUGGCGCCGGUAACAACUGGGGUGAUGGAUAUCAGUCAGGUGAAGCUGUCCACGAAGAAAUCAUGGAAAUGAUAGAGCGUGAGGCAGAUGGCAGCGAUUCUCUGGAAGGCUUUAUGCUGCUUCAUUCCAUUGCCGGUGGUACCGGGUCUGGUCUAGGAUCGUUCCUCCUCGAACGAAUGAAUGACAGAUUUCCCAAGAAAAUUAUCCAGACAUAUUCGGUUUUCCCCGACACUACGAGCUCAGGUGAUGUCGUUGUUCAUCCGUACAACAGCAUCCUCUCGAUGAGGCGACUGACGCAAAACGCCGAUUCGGUCGUGGUUUUGGAUAACGGGGCGUUAUCUCACAUUGCAGCCGAUAGAUUACAUGUGCAAGAACCUUCGUUCCAACAAACUAACCAGUUAGUCUCAACCGUCAUGUCAGCUAGCACCACAACCUUGCGAUAUCCUGGCUAUAUGCACAAUGAUCUUGUCAGCAUCCUUGCUUCCCUGAUCCCAACACCACGUUGUCAUUUCCUGAUGACUGCAUACACCCCCUUUACCGGAGACCAAGUUGAGCAAGCCAAGACUGUUCGAAAGACUACCGUAUUAGAUGUCAUGAGACGACUAUUGCAACCUAAGAAUCGCAUGGUGUCAACUGUACCAGGCAAGAAGAGCUGCUAUAUCUCUAUCCUCAACGUCAUCCAAGGAGAGGUCGAUCCGACAGAUGUCCACAAAAGUCUACUCCGUAUUCGCGAACGAAGAUUGGCGACUUUCAUCCCAUGGGGCCCGGCGAGUAUUCAAGUGGCUUUAACGAAGCGAAGCCCAUACAUCCCGAUGAGCCACCGUGUCAGCGGCUUGAUGUUAGCUAACCAUACCAGCAUUGCGACGUUAUUCAAACGUAUUGUGCGUUUGUACGAUGGCAUGCGAAAGCGCAAUGCUUUCGUAGAUACUUAUAAGAAAACCGCCCCCUUUUCAGAAGGCUUUCACGAAUUUGACGAGGCCAGGGAGGUAGUAACAGAUCUCAUUGCUGAAUACGAGGCCGCAGAGGACGCCAAUUAUCUAAACCCAGACGAGGGUGAGAAAGCUACGUCUGCGGAAACAGACAAGAGAAUGCCUUGAUCCUUGCCA